AUGUCCGGUGGAUUUGGAGAUGGAUUUGGGGGCGACUUCGACGAUCUACUGUCCAGUCGCACGACAGCUCCUCCUAAUCUAGGGAAUCCGUUCGAGGACCCGUUUGCCGAUAUAGGAAGGUCAAAUGAAAAUGACCCAUGGGCAAGCCAUGGAGAUCCGGAGGCGCAAUCGCCCAGUACGAGUUUCUCGCAAAACCAUGCCUAUGAAACGCCAGCGUGGAAAGUGGAAAUCAGUCUAACAGAGAGCCAGAAUUCAGCUCUCCUCCGUCACCUCCUCGGGAUUCCCCAAUCGCCACGUUUAUCUGAUUACCGAGUAGCAACGCCAACCCUCCCAGAAUCCGCACCACCACCUUUAGAUACCAACGCUUCUCCGGUUUCGUCAAUUCCUGCUCCCAAACCACCUAUUACUGUCCCGAUUUCCCCAUCGAAAGCUGGUCUGUUCGACGAACCCGACGAUUCUACAUUUGGGGGUGGUUUUAUUAAUCGCCAUAAACCAAAACGGAGCUCGUUGACUAAUACUUCUGGAGCUGCACCUUCGGAGUCCCGUUCUGGAUCCCUAUUUUCUUCUACUAAGGCCGAUCCCCUCGAAGCUCUCGUCUCGAAAGCUCGUUCGGCUUCAACUGUCCGUGGCCCUGUGCCUGCACCCAAACAACAGGUUGUAUCAGAAGCAAGCGAAACUACGCCCGCUAAAUCGGGGGACCUACUUGCAAUAGAAGAUCCAGGAACAAGGCAGCCAAAGCGUAAUUCAGUGCCAGCGGAACAAGUAUCUUUGCCACGGUCGGCCUCUGCAACUCCUCCUGUGCCAGAGGAUGGUGCCUCCACCCCAAAGAUAUCUUCGGUUUCGCCCGAAUCCCCGGCCAGGGCGGAAUCCCCAAGAAAGGUACCGCCAACGUCAUCAGUUCCCUCGUUAGGUUCUAGUGUCCCCGAAGCAAAUGCGCCACCUAGUGCCGUAGAUUCUAGAGAAACCGUAGUUCCAGCCCCUACAUCCCAUUCAGCUUCUGAUAGCCUUGCUUCAUCUCUAUACCCUGAAGGCAGCACUUUCCUUAACCUCCCGCAAGCAUCACCUGGUCCAGGUGCCUACGCACGAAUCGUAUCCCCGCUUGAUACACCCGCUGCCAGCUCUCGGAAUCUAACGCAAUCUUUUAGUGGGCUUGCUCUUGGCGGAGAAGUACCAAAUCCAGGAUGGGGCAGUAAUUCAUCAACGACUGAGAUACGUGAUGCUGGUUUACCGCCCACAGCUCGCUCCGCCGGGUGGGGUGCAGUAGACUCGGCAGAUGGAUGGGGCGGAGAUUCGUCUCAAACUGGAUGGGGAGGAGAGAAUGAGGCACACUUCAAAGGACAGAGUUCCCAUCCAGAACAGGGUAGCAAAGAGGAAGGCUCUGCCUCUGGCCAUUCCAGAAAGCCCUCCGAGUCCAACGAAUCGGAACAUAGCAGGAGAGAAAGUUCUGGCGAUCCUGACCGAAGUAGCACCGGGACACCCCAACAAUCUACACCUCGAUCUGGCGAAUCAAAUGGACCAUUCACGUUCCAUAUUACUGUAGGAGAUCCUCAAAAAGUGGGCGAUCCUAUAAACCCAUAUAUUGUAUACACGGUUACUACUAAGACCAACUCGCCACAUCAUCGCAAACCCCAUAUGUCGGUAUUGCGAAGAUACUCAGAUUUCUUGUGGUUGUUUGAAACCUUGUCGUUUAACAAACCAGGAGUUUUUGUUCCGCCCGUCCCUGAAAAGCAAGGCUUUGGGCGAUUCCAGGGGGCUUUCGUUGAACAAAGGCGACUGGCGCUUAAUAACUGUAUCCAAAAGAUUGCCAAUCACCCCCUCUUAUCCACCGAUGAUGAUUUCAAGUUCUUUAUCGAGAGCGAUUCGUUCGCGCUGGAUGUCAAGCACCGCAAGGCGGAGAUUGCACAGGAAAAGACAGGGGGAUUCCUCUCCUCCAUCACGGGUCCCAAGUUCUAUGAAACGGACGAGUGGUUUGAUACCAAACGAUCCUACGUUGACGCGCUGGAGUCUCAAUUGCGAGGGCUAGCCAAAUCAGUGGAUACUGUGUCCAAGAAUCAGGCUGAGGUUGCGGCUGCCACGGGAGAGUUUGCCGAGACCCUUGUGGUCCUCUCAAACUCGGACUUAAGCAAACAAUUGUCACAAUCUCUUGCUACCUUGGCGGAUGUCCAGAAAAAGGCGCGCAAGCUUGAGGAGGAACAGUCACAAGAUGACAUCAUCUUGCUCAUGGGAAUAGUGGAUGAGUAUAUUCGACUGAUAGGUUCUAUUCGACUUGCUUUUGCAUCCCGUAUCCGCCUCCAUGCGGCAUGGCAAAACGCCAAUGCCGAGGCUAAACGUGUGCGCACGGCACACGAAAAGGCUCGUCGACAGGGUCGAAUCCCCCAGGACCGUGUAGGAAUGUCGAUGCAUGAGGUCGCGGAGGCAGAAAAACGCGCCGCCGACGCCAAAUUUGAAUUCGAUCAGUGUUCUCGCUGA